AUGAUUCGAAAGGAUUUUUAUUCGUUCAUCCGCAGACAUAGGAUUUUUAGCCUUCACUCAAAACUCAUCACCUACCGUGCCCCAAUACGAAACAAUCAUUCAGCAAUGUCACAAAGAGUCAAUGAAAAAAUAGAGAGAGACCCACAGAAUUUAAUCGCUCUUGAAUCUAUUGAUUUCAGAUCAUCAUUUGAUUCACUGUCUAUUGAACCAGCUAUCGACAACCAAAAUCAUGCUGAAGUGAAUCUAGAAGAUAUAAGUUUUGAAUCGUUUAAUUCUGAUACGAACAGCAGCCCUCCUCAGAUGAGUAUCUCAUCAGCGAAUAGAAUACAGCAUAUGAGUGGAGAUGUACUUAGUCUGAGUCAAGCUUUGAAUAAAAGAGCUGCUGUAUCUCCUUUAAAGAGUCAAUCCUCCCGAAGGACUAAAAAAGUCAGAGAUAUGGCGGAGGAUAUGGUAAGCAAUGAUCAAGAGAAAGAAAAUAUAGCUCCGCCUACUCUGACACCCAAUUUAAUAUCCCAUUCACCAAUCUUUUCUAAAAUGCAUAGUACACUUAGUUCUGGAAAUAAUCAAAUUACACAGCAACGAAAAUUGUCGAAAACAACCACAAGAUCAAAGAAGAAGGACUCUUAUCACUCUAUUCAGCUUUCAACUCAGAAGCCUCUCCAGUUAGAGAAUGGGCAGACCAGUCUAGGACAAAUUAAAAGCGUGAAGCCCAUCAUAUUAUCGAAAGAACAAGAAAAUAUUUUGCAACUAGUUUUAAAGGGUGUAUCGCUUUUCUAUACGGGGUCUGCGGGCACUGGGAAAUCUAUAUUGUUGAGAACUAUCAUUAAAACACUUAGAGAUAGAAAUAAACCUGGGCAAAUUGCUGUAACUGCAUCUACAGGAUUGGCAGCUUGUAACAUAGGAGGUACUACUCUUCACGGCUUUGCGGGGGUCGGUCUAGGGGUAGGAAGUGCCUCCAUGCUUUUAAAAAGAGUAAAAAGAAACAAAAAAGCUCUUCAGAGGUGGAACGAGGUCAAGGUACUAAUAAUAGACGAAGUUUCAAUGAUAGAUGGUUUAUUCCUCGAUAAAAUUAACGAGCUUUGUAAAAGCAUAAGAAAAAACAAUAAACCUUUUGGGGGAAUCCAAUUAGUUGUAUGUGGUGAUUUUUACCAAUUACCACCUGUUGUGAGGAAAACAGCGCCUGACGGCACUGAGCUAUUGAAUCCUGAAGAACCUACCUUUUCGUUCGAAAGUUCAGCCUGGAAAGAAGCGAUAAAGUGUACCAUAGUCCUUAAAGAAGUUUUUAGACAAAAAGGAGAUCAAAAGUUCAUCGAUAUGUUGAACGAAAUGAGGGAUGGAAACGUGUCUGAUCAGACUUCUCUUGAAUUCAGGAAAUUGUCAAGAGAAUUGGAUUGCUCUGAAGGUAUAGUUCCUGCUGAACUCUUUGCAACCAGAAAAGAAGUAGAUAGAUCAAAUAACACCAAACUUAGUAAAAUUGAGGGUGAUGCACAAGUUUAUAAAGCAGUGGAUGCUGGUACUUUAGAAAAUCCUCAGAGACAAAACUUGCUUAAUAAUUUUUUGGCACCACAAAAUUUAUACUUGAAGAAACAUGCACAAGUGAUGUGUAUUAAAAAUUUCGAUGAUAAUUUAGUCAAUGGAUCUUUGGGUCAAGUAAUUGACUUCAUGGAUAGAAAUACAUAUAUGAAGGCAUACCUGAAACAAGAAGUUGACAACAGUGGCAGCUCUGAGAAAGUGAAUGAAGAUGGUAAAGAAUCUGAUUUUAUUUUUGACUUCAAGGAUAGGAAAGAAGCCACUGACGAAGAGAAACUGAACAAUAAAAGAAAAAAAGCAUUAGUACGUGAUCUAGAGAGUGAUUCCAGUGGAAAGCUAUAUCCCUUGGUUAAAUUUUUACUUCCUGAUGGAAUUAAUACUAGAACUAUUUUGGUUGAACCAGAGCAAUGGACAGUUGAAGACGAGCAUCAAAAAAUUCUUUUGUCUCGAGUACAGCUACCUAUUAUUUUAGCAUGGUCUCUUUCGAUUCACAAAUCACAGGGGCAGACUCUACCAAAAGUGAAGGUUGACUUGAGAAAUGUAUUUGAAAAUGGUCAAUCCUAUGUGGCUCUUUCCAGAGCAGUUUCUAGAAGUGGGUUGCAGGUUUUGAACUUUGACAAGUAUAAGGUGAGGGCUCAUGCUAAGGUAAUUAAGUUUUACAGGAGUUUAUCUUCAGCGAGUGAUAACGGUAGUCAUUAUAAAGGUCAGCUUAACAUUGACUCAUUAUACGAAAAAGGACAUCAAGACUCUGCGUGA